GUGUGUGCAUCGCUGAAUAGCAGCAGACGACUCUUCGCAGCCCAACGCAUCCAUCCACUACUACCCUGACGAUUGUAUGCACAUCAAGCCUGGUUGCCUGGCUUCAGUGGGAUUGCAUUGCUCUUACAGUCAGCAUUACAAGAUGCAGAAUGGGAACCGUGUCGUAAUCGCUCUUACAAGUUGGCCUGCGUUUAUGCAUCCGCCGUCUGCCUGUGACAGUGAGGAGGUGCACAAGUGGUGAUUGUUUUUCAGACUGUGCCUUGAAAUUGUCAAUGAUCUGAUGUGCAUUCCUUCACCCCAUACCUCAGAUGCUACGGUGGAUGAUUAGAUACUGUACUUCUAAACUGCAUGCUGAAAAUACGGAUUUGUGAUGGAAAAACAUCAAUUUUCAUCACGUUUGGAAUAUCUUGGAUUUAUCAUGGAUAUAAAUGACUUCCAUAGGACACGCUGAGAAAUUUACGGAGAAAACAACGACAUUCUGACCUCUCCACGAGAUCUGUGUACAAUAGAGCCUGAAUAUUUUGAAUUGGCUUUUACACCCUUCUGCACUGUCGCAAGGUCACAUAUUUAUUUACUUAACAUUUAACGACCUUGUGGCGGAAAGUUGUGAUUUAUCAAAGUGCAAGAACACUCAAAGCCAAAAUAUUUGGAUAAUCUUCAUACAACUCACGUUCCGCCACAACAGUGUUGGACCUUGGACGGUUUAUAUUCAGUGUAGGAAAUAUUUAUAUUUAUGCUAGCGGUUCUCUUGAGGUCACCGUUAAAUUCAUUCUCCACGAGCAAACAAGAGUAUUUCAGGGAGAAUGGCUCAUUUCAUCGCUCUAUCAGUACUACUAUUCCUGAUUUUAACAGUACUUCGUCUGCCAUCGGUGGAACCAUCAAUAGAUUUAAGUACAUGUCGUUAUCCCCUGGGCAUGAAUGACAAGGCUAUCAAGGAUGAGCAACUCUCAGCCAGCUCUGUCUAUGAGAACAACACGCUCUCAUUUGGACCACAAAAUGCAAGGUUGCACCUGAACCAGGGUGCUGGAGCUUGGUGCCCGGUCAACGCCCAGCCAGAGUCCAGUGGUCACUACGAGUACCUCCAGGUGGACCUUCUCAACCUAACGGUCAUCCUAGCCCUGUCCACACAGGGUAGAUGGGACACGAACUUCGGGAAUGAAUACACAAGUCGUUUCAGGCUGGAGUUAUCGAGAGACGGCGGAAAGACGUGGAUCCGAUAUGUACAGAUGACAGGAGAGGAGGUUUUUGUCGGUAACCGUGACACCAACUCCCAGAUCACAGUCCAUAUCAGCCCUCCCAUCGUGGCCCAGGUCCUGAGAAUCAUUCCGGUGGUCCUGAUCCAGACACCAGUCUGCAUGAGGAUAGAACUCUACGGAUGCAAAUGGCUGGACCAUUUGAAGUCGUACUCGAUGCCAACCGGCGAUACUCGUGGCGAAUACGUCUUUGAGGACGACACAUACGACGGCUACACGUUUGAGGGUCAGAGGAUGAACGGACUCGGUCAGCUGACCGAUGGAAUGCUUGGACAUAGUAAUUAUCGGCUCAGCCCAUACAACGUACCACAAGGUUACGAGUGGGUUGGAUGGCGGAACACCAGCCACCCCAACCCCGAGAUCACCUUCGAGUUCGACUCGCUGCGCAACUUCACCAGCCUCGGUUUCCACGUCAACAACUACUUCACCAACAACGUGGAGAUCUUCGACGCCAUCGAGGUCCAGUUCAGCAUCCGCAAGGGUCACUUCUCGCCUCGGUCCAUCUACACCACCAUCCGGCCCGACAGUGACCAUCAGGACGCCCGGUGGAUAACGGUCAAUCUGGGUAACCGCGUGGCGCAGUGGCUCAAGGUCGCGCUGGUCCACCGAGGAAAGUGGGUGCUGGUCAGCGAAGUGUCGUUCGAAUCAGAGGAUAUCCCAGACAACUUUGACACUAGCACGGCCACCUAUGACACCCCCGUAGUUGGUCCGCCCUCUGCAGGUCCUGUUGACCACACGACAGUGUCCACUACAGACGCUGACCAUGUUAUUCCACAGACAGGGAAUGGAACCCAGAAACCAAAUCUGAUCAGCUCUACCAAGAAAGCCGGUGGAGGAGUAUCCAACACCCCGGCCCAGAGAUCACCGAUCGGUACCGUCAUCAGCGUCGUCGUGACCGUCCUUCUCCUCCUCGUCCUCCUCUUCGCCCUCCUCCUCUUCCUCUACCGACGCAAGUACAUCAAGCUCAAGCACCGCCUCCCAACCCUUGCCUUUGAGGCCAACUGCAAUGGGGGCGGGGCCACCAUCAACAACUGCCCCACGAUCGCGACCAUGACGACGGUACCGAGUCGGCGGUCCAACCCGACGUACCAGAUCACGCACCCCGAUGAUGAACCGCAGUACCAUGUGAUUGAUAACAUGAUGGUGGAAAGUGAAGACGAAUUGGAUAAUGUUUCCGAGUCAUCUAGAAUAUAUGCGGAGCCUGAGAACCCAACCUGUACAUACAAAGACAAACACAACAUGCUACAACAUUAUGCUGAAACGGAUCUUAUUAAUAUACAGGGUGUCUCAGGAAACACGAUAUACGGAGUGCCAUCACAGUGCAUGGAGAAGCUAAACAACAGUCGAACAUGCUGCCCAGAGUAUCCCAGAUCGCAGCUCAACUUUCUGGAGUUACUUGGAGAAGGGAUGUUUGGCGAGGUUCAUCUAUGUGAGGCUGAGGAUAUUCAAGAUUACAUUAGGAACGGAUUUCCUUUUGAAAAUAAAAACAAGGGCGAACGAACGCUGGUUGCUGUGAAAAUGCUUAGAAAAGAUGCCUCAAAAAAUGCCAGGGCCGAUUUCAUGAAGGAGAUGAAGAUCAUGUCACAGCUCCGCGAUCCCAACAUCGUCCGUCUGCUGGCGGCAUGCACGGAGGACGAGCCGUACUGCAUGAUAGUGGAGUACAUGGAGAACGGUGACCUCAAUCAGUUCCUUUACGAGAGGGAAGGAUUCGAGGUCGGCCUCAAUAACUGCAAUGCUAAUCUAUCCAAUUGUAAUAAAAGUUCAAUUAGUGUUGGUGCCCUUGUCUACAUGAUCACCCAGAUAGCAUCCGGUAUGAAAUACCUCUCAAAUAUGAACUUUGUCCAUCGAGAUCUUGCCACCCGAAACUGCCUCGUCGGGAAAUCUUACACGAUACGCAUCGCCGACUUCGGCAUGAGUCGGAAUCUCUAUUCGUCCAAUUACUACAGGAUAGAAGGGAGAGCCGUGCUGCCCAUCAGGUGGAUGGCAUGGGAAAGUAUAUUACUGGGCAAGUUCACAUCCAAAACAGACGUAUGGGCUUUUGGUGUGACGCUGUGGGAGGUGAUGAUGCUAUGUCGAGAGCAACCUUACUCAAGGCUCACCGACGAGCAGGUCAUCGAGAACACCGGUCAGUUCUUCGAGAAGGACGGCACGCCCGUGUACCUGGCCAAGCCGCCACAAUGCCCUAAAGACAUUCACAACCUCAUGAAACGGUGCUGGACCAGCGAACCCGGCCAGCGACCUACGUUUGACUUUCUCCACACGUUCCUCCAGGCGCGGAAUAUCGGUUACGAGCCACCGGUGUCGUUGUAGGGACUCUCCCUCCGAUAGCCACUCGUUAUUUUGCCAACGAUGAUGUCAUCUUGGACAAGUGCAUUCUUUGGUCAUGGAUGUUCUUUGUGACAAUGUGUUAAAUGUUUUGGAGAAAAGAAGGAGAACAGAAAACUAUAAGUACUAUAUUCAGAAGACAAAUAGACAGGACUAGAACUUCUGAUGAAUCUUUAUCUCUCUCUCUCUCACAAUCAUUGGGAGUUAUAUUGAUUAUGUAAUCAGGAAAUACGUGUUUAUUGUAAGAGGAAAAAUGCUAACUUUAAGAAAUGAUGAUGAUGAUCAACUGUACCCACCAGGGCCCCGUUUCAUAAAACUACUAUCACAGUAGAAUAUAUUAAAGCAAUUGUCUACAUCAGAAUUUCUGUGCUUUUGACAAGCAGUUUCUAUUGAGUAUUCCUUAUGCUCUUUGACGAGAGAUAAGUCCUAUUCGAGAUGAUGCUUUUUCUAGAACUUGUUUAUGACCUAAUUCAUUCUAGUGAAUAUCAGACUAGAUAUUGUAAAAUUUGAUAAUACUUUAUUAUUGAAUCAUUUCUUGCUGUCCUAUACUAUCAAACACAGUUUUACAGCAUUUUGAAACACCAUGACAAUUCCAGAAUGAAAUUCCUCAUGACAUUCUAUGGUGCUUGCAUCAUUGAAAAGACAAUUCUUUUCUUUUUAAUGUACGUUAUCUAGAUAACCAACCCCACCAGACUAAGAUAUCUAUCUGUUUAUCGAACGAUUAAAAUUUCAGAUGGCAUGUUAGGUCCAGUACUUUUUACUACGAUACAGAUUCAUGAAAGUUGACCAUUCAAUAAAUAUUAUAUAUUUUUGACAACCUUCUCUCACUCAUUCGCCCCCCUUUCACUAACUCUAAAAACAAAUGAUUGUUUCACAGAAGGCAUGUUUUGUUUGUCAGAUAUUUGUUUCCAUACCAGUACAUGCCCCCCCCCCCCUUCCGAAAUGAUAAUGGAUACACCAUUGAUCUCUAUCUGUUCUCAAUCAGCAAUGCUUUCAUUAUCUAUAUUCCUUGCAAAAAACAUUUGAAAAACUAGUGGAAUUUCAUAUCAAGUCACGACAAUUGAAUUUUAUUGGAACAUGUUUUCAUGAAGAAUUUUUUUUUUUAAAUAGAUGAAUUUCAAGGUCUAUAUUGAUGUUCCAAACAGCAUCUUUGUGGGAUUGGCAAGCAGUGUUUGAAUGUUGUCUAAAGGUACUAUUUAAACAUUUUGACAUUGUUAUGAAAGUUGAUUAUUAAUGGCUUUACCAGAAAUUAAAAAUACCAUCCCUGAAAGUUAAAAACAUGGAGAUAUGGGUGGGGGGGGGGGGGGGGGAGUUGUAUUGGUUUUAUUAAAAAUGAAUCAAAUCCUUUUGAACCAAGUUAUGAAUUAUUAAAUCAAUUUAGAUUUCAUCAUAACUGACCUGAUUUCAAACCAUGGUAGCUAUUGAUUUUGCUUCCAAUCUACUUUUGGAAUUAUUUUUCUCCACAUGUACGUUUCAAAAGUUAAAUGGUUCCUUUAAUUGCUUAUUUUAUCUACCAGUACACGUGAAGUAUGGGGGCAGUUCUUAAAAUUGGAAAGGAAAGGUUCAAAUGAGUUGUGAUGUAUAAAUGGUCUUAUGAAUGCUUUUUUGUGCCUACAAGAUAUUUUCCAAGAUUAAUUUUCUUUUUUUUAUGGAGGCUGUAUAUAUUCUUGCAAGUUUGUAUCGAAUACGGUGUAACAUACAAUAGCACAAAUAAAGAAAAAAAAACAUCAUGGAUUUAGCUUUUUUAUACUGCCUUUGUUGUGUAUAUUGAAAGAGAUGAAAAUAAUAAUGUAAAACCAGAUUUAAAGAUAAUGGAAUGUGAAUAUUGGUCAUAUUUUGGACAAAAAAGUUCUGUAGGUAAUGCUUGUAAGUAUGUAUGGUGUAUUUAAUCUGAAAACAAAUUGAUAUAAAGAAGUACUCAUUUAGUGUAUGUUUGUUUGGUUUAUUAAUGAAAUAAACAAAUUGUUGCUUGCAUUCCAUGUGUGCUGUUUAUUAAAUUGAUGAAUAUACAUGAUUUAAAUGUAUAUUUCACUCUUUUUCCUUUUCUUUUAUGAUUUAUCCCAGCACUGUGCAACUCAAGAUAUUGCUAGUAAAUGCACGAUACUGUAUAUCAUUGUGUAUUUUUGAUGUUGAUAUUUGUUAUUGAUGCGAUUAUGCACAUAAAUAAU